UUUCUACUUUCUAUUUCCCAAGUGUUCCUCCUUCAUUCCUCCUGCUCACAGUUCAUGGCAGCCUGUCACCGCAUAAACAGCGGAAGCGCAAACAAGCAUAAGGUGGCAGCUGACAGGCGGCUCCCAUGGAAUCUCCCUUCUGUUAAUCCUGCUUUCUUACUUUCUUGGUCUCCACUCUAGUGCAGAGAAGUGGGAAAACAGAAUCAGUCGGACCGUUGUUCCUUCAUCCAGCAUAACCCGAACUGCAAGAUGGACAGUGGCUUCCUCAACUACCUCAACGGAGUUUUCUGCAUCUUCCCAGCAGCUCUGCAACCUUUGGCCAUAACCCUCUAUGUCCUUUGGCUUUUCUACCUCUUCGUUAUCCUUGGGGUCACGGCUGAGAAAUUCUUCUGCCCUAAUUUAUCGGCCAUCUCCACCAAGCUGCGUCUGGCUCAUAAUGUGGCAGGUGUCACCUUUCUGGCUUUUGGAAACGGAGCACCUGAUAUCUUCAGCGCGGUGGUUGCGUUCUCUGAUCCCCGGACGGCUGGGCUAGCCAUCGGAGCUCUCUUUGGUGCUGGCAUCUUUGUCACCACGAUAGUCGCUGGUGGCAUAACCCUUGUUAGGCCUUUCACUGCCGCUUCUCGUCCCUUCCUGCGGGAUGCCAUCUUCUACAUGGUUGCAGUGUUCCUGACUUUUGUGGCUCUCUAUUUUGAACAGGUCACUUUGGCCGAAGCUCUGAGUUUUCUUGGACUUUACAUCUUCUAUGUCUUGACUGUGGUGGUUUCAACUUGGCUUCAUAAGAGACAGCGCAGGGAAAGAUCGGCCCCAUCCAGCCAUCCAGAACCAGAGCUUUCAACGGAUUCUGAAGAAGGUGACAAUGCAAAUGUGAAUGGGGAGGAAGAAUAUCAACCGCUGCUGCCCUUGGAGGAGACGACGUUCCGGAUUCUGACUCAGUCCAUCAACCCUCUGGAUUAUAGGAAGUGGAGGAGGAAACCCUGCUAUUGGAGACUGCUCAAGGCGUGCAAGAGGGAAGAAAAGGGAAGGGAAGGAAAGGGAAGGAAAGGAAAGGAAAGGAAAAGUUUGAAAUUACUUUGCUGGGCUGCAAGACCGACCCCAGCUUAUACCAUAGUCCAGGCUAAAACAAAGCCACGAUUUAACGGGACGAGUCCAUUCAUUGCUCUCUCUUCCUGCGCUCCUUUGGCUUCCCUCUGGCCACAGCUGUUUGCCUUCCUGGGGUUCUUUGUCAGUGCCAUGUGGAUCAAUGCGGCGGCCACAGAAGUGGUGAACAUCCUCCAGACAUUGGGCGUCAUCUUCCACCUGAGCAACACAGUCUUGGGCUUAACACUGCUCGCCUGGGGAAACAGCAUCGGGGACAUGUUCUCCGACCUAACAAUGGCACGACAAGGUUAUCCCAGGAUGGCUUUUUCAGCCUGUUUCGGGGGUAUCAUCUUCAAUAUGCUUGUCGGCGUCGGGCUGGGCUGCCUUUUGCAAAUGUCGAGCAGCAAAUCGGUAGUGAGGCUCGAGUCAGACGACCUCUUGGUAUGGAUUCUAGCAGGUGCCCUGGGCCUCAGCCUGGUCAUUUCUUUCCUUUCAGUGCCUGCCCAGUGCUUCCAUUUAGGCCCAAUGUAUGGCUAUUGCCUCAUAGCCUACUACGUGGUCUUUCUAACCAUCGCGCUGCUGACCGAGUUUGGGGUGAUCCGAAUUUCCACCUUCUGAAUGAAAGCGUCUCCUCCGAAGUCCUCACCCACAUCUCCCAAAGUUGGACUUGCCCUCGACCCUGUGAUUUACUUGAAGACGGUGCCUUUGGGGACAAAGACUUGCUGGCGAUGUCUAAAAUAGGACCCGGUACCCAGGUUGGAUGCUGGCCACGGCGCAAAGGAUGAUCGAUGAAAAGUGGACACCAUGGCUGUGGCCGACAUGCAUCGAGCCAGCUGUUCCACAUCCUUUCGAUGCGAUUUGGGGAUUUUAGAACCAAAUCUAGGAUUACAGGACAUGUGAGAUAUUGUUUGUCCCAACGCCCUAACCUGCCAUCCCCAUCAGUGUUAGCUUUUCCAAGGGAAACUCCUUGUUUAGAUCGCAAUAUAUUUUUUUAAAAGGUAUCCUUUUAAAGAAACGAGUUUUGUUAGAAGUAUUUUUUUUGUUUUGUUCCUGAAUUGAAGCUUGAAUGCAUCCCUCAGGUAUGUACACAAUUUUUCAUCCGUUGUGACCUCUGCUUGGUAGCAGGGGUGUCUCUGUGAUUCAUUCAUUCAUUCAUAUAU